AUGACGACCUACGGAACUAUCCCGACAGAAACAUUGCCAUCCUUGAAUGAAGAUAUUGUUUCACAAGCAAAAGAACAGAUUGAAUUAUGCCUUGGCAUACAAAGACCAUGGCUGGAGAUGAUUCAGCUCCAAGAUCUCAGACCUCCCUCCUCCUUAAAUCAAUACAUCCAAAGAAUCAGGACAAACAUUGCCUUCUUCCGCAUGAACUACGCCAUUAUCAUAUUGGCCAUUCUCUUCAUAAGCCUUUUAUGGCACCCCAUCUCAUUGCUAGUCUUAAUUAUCAUAUUGGCUGCAUGGUUGUUUCUAUAUUUUUUACAUGACAAACCCCUGGUGGUUUUUGACCAUGAAAUCCAUCAACGAUUCCUGAUGGCAGCUUUGUUCUUGGUCACAACCCUCGUACUCUUCCUUACUUAUGUGAAAUAUAACAUUAUAAUGGCACUUUCCAUCGGCCUUGCUUUUAUUUUGGUUCAUGGAGCCAUAAGGGAGCCUGAGGAUGUCGCCUUCACUGUGGAUGAUGAAGAAGGAUCAGGUGGUGGCCCUGUUCAGAAAGUCUCACUGAAAGAUGCUGCCUCUUCUUCUUAUUCUCUGUCUCAGUAA